AUGACAGAUUCGAUUGUUAUUUCCUACCACGAUUCUGUUCUUCGGCAAUCUGACUUGGCACUGCUCUCCGCCCCGAAUUGGCUCAACGACCAGAUCAUCUCCUUUUUCUACGAAUAUCUAAGCAACGAAGAAAUCAAUGAUCCAAGAAUUGGCUAUGUUGAUCCUUCCCUUGUGCAAUUGGUUAAAUUGUGCGCAGAACCUUUCGAAGCAGAUGCCAUGCUUCAGAGUUUGAAUUUGUCUGCUAAGGAGAUCGUUCUCAUUCCAAUAAAUGACGAGGAAUCAGGGAAUGCCGGGGGUACUCACUGGAGUUUACUCGUCUGGUUCCGACAGACGGAAAAAUUUGUUCAUUUCAACUCGAUAAGUAAUUCGAAUGUCAAGGCGGCUAAAAGAAGCGCAAAUUCUUUUGCUACGUCCAUUGGCGCAAAAGUCCCCUUCAAGAUCGUUGACGCUGACGUUGUCGCACAAAAGAAUACCUACGAUUGCGGUCUGCACGUUCUAUCAAUAUCUCAUCAAAUUUGCAUUAACUUCUUGACAGGAGCGAGGAAGGAAAGCUUUUAUUUCGACAAGAAGGCUGUUCAUAUCAGUCACUUUCGCGAGCGUCUUCAGAAGAUUGUUGGAAGAAUGCUCAAAACGUACCAUCCAUCUCAGGUCGAGAGCACGAGCCCGUUGCAGAAAGCUGGGCAUGCUUUUAAUCAACGCGCGCGCCAAUACAUACACGAGACUGUUUUAGUCCCAGUAGGGGAGUUCGAAGUACUUAACAAAAUGAACGAGGCGACCGGCUUCCAAAUCGGCAAGAUUGAGAACGAAGUGGCGAGCAUCUCCGCGCGACUCGUGCAAAUGAGCGCCAGGGACAACGAGAUCGACGUCCUCCUCGGCAACCUUAGUCAACUAAUAAUUGAUCUCGAGCAAAUGAAUUCCAACGUCUCCAAAAUCGACAGCUACACGAAGAAGCUCGAGGAAGCGAUCAAGAGUCACCUGAAAACGCUUUGA